AUGGCAUCCCCUCCAUCCCCACCAUACGAUACCACCGAGGAUCCUUUGGCCAGUCAGAAAAUGAUGCAUGGCAAUUCCAUUCCGGAACCGAGCGAAUCCCCCAAAUCCCAAUUGCAUGAUGCGAUUGAGAGGAUUCAGUCGUUGCAUAAGAGGAGAGCGCAGAUUAAGACGAUUUAUGAAAAUGAGAGACAGUAUUUGGAUCAGAGGAGUCAGAAGACGAAGAGUAGUUUUGAGGGUUUGAUUGUUAGUACGGAGGAACAGAUUCAGAGUAUUAAUGAGUUCCCAGCUUUCGACAGUCAUCCAGAUUACACAGAGGUUAAUGGAAAAUUACAUUCCGUCGCAUUAGACACCAAAGCUCUCUUUCAAAAUGUUAAUGCUUUGAGUGAGUCUAUCAUCAUGGCAUUAGACGCUUGGUAUCAGAAAGAAGUCGACAAAUGCGCAUAUGAAAUCAAGCUAGCAGAAAAAGAUUACAAGCGCUCCUUCGAUACCUGGCAAGACCUCAUCAAAUCGGGCGAUCUCUUCGGCGCAUCCGAACCCUUCAAAUCAUCCGCUCCCCCAAACCCCGGUCCUAGCUCCUCUCGUUCCUCACACCAAUUGCAAGAUGGUCCCGAUCCCCAUAUGUACGCGUCUGCUCCGGUUUCCAACCCUAAUAUUCCCAUUCCGCAUAAAUCCGACACGGUCACUUCGCAGCAUAACAAUACUAGACCGCAGAGUAGUAGAAAUGCGAGUAUAGAUAUGGGUGCGAAUAUGAGUGGUGCGAUGAUGGGUGGAAGUAUGAAUGGAAGAGGAAAUGGAAAUGGAAAUGCGAAUGGAAAUGCGAAUAUGAAUGGAGAUAUGAAUUAUCCGCCGAAUUCGAGUGAGAAGCGAUCUGGGGGGAAGAAGAAAACUUUUAGUUGGUUGAGUGGGGGGAGUGGGAAUGGGAAAUAUAUUGAGUGA